AUGUCAAGCGAUAGUGAUAGUGAUUCUCAAGUAAAGCCUUCUCCACUGGGCAGAAAAGAGAACUUACUGGUUUAUGUACCGGAUCUCCCAAUAGAUUAUCCUGGUGAUGACCUGCAGGGCAAACUUCGUAGCACCAUCGAGAAAACUGGACGGAUGAAAUUGAAGAAUGUCCAAUGUCAUUUAAAACUUGGUGUUGCAAUAGUUGAAUUGAAUAACGAAGAGGAUCAAACGUAUCUUCUUUCAGAUGGUCAAUCUAUGAUGUUUGACCGAGAACUCAACAUCAGUAUUUCAUUUGUUGAUACAUUAGAUUUGGACACUUACAUUGUUGUCGAUCAAACUAUGUCGAAGAUUCCUUCUGGAACUGAUAUUUCUCGUCGAUAUAUGCAAAUAUACAAAAUAAAAGAGGAAUAUCCAUGUGAAUCGAUAUCUACUCAAUUUCCGAAUAUUUUUCGUAUAAGUUUAAACGAUCUUGAUGAACUUUUAGCUGCAGUUGCCGCGCCCAAUUUCAAAAUAGGAAAUCAUUUCGCACAGGUGUAUCCACGGGCUGAUUGCAAUUUUUUCGAAGAUUUACCUUCGACUAGUAAUACUGAUAAGAUCACCAGUGUAGUUGCGACACAAAUAGACGAAACAAAACUUCCUUCGACUUGCUUUUACAUACAAUAUGAUAAGGAAACAAGCAAUGCAGUUGUUAUAGCAACAAAAGCAUCGAGAAAAUGGAAAACUCAAGGCUUCAUCAUCAUUGAUGGACAAAAUUUCUCGAAAAAAGCCAAACUCGCUUACCGAGUUAUUGUCUCCCCUGUUCCUAAUGGCUUUGAUAUCAACCGCAUUCUGCAACAUACACUUUUUACAGGCCAAGUGCGUGAUCACUCUCUUGUCGAAAACCAUCUCAUCAUUGAACUCAACGAUGUGCACGCAUACAGUCAUUGUAUGGAAAUCGGUGCACUGCGGAUCGAUAAGUUUACUAUGGAGAUCAAACCGCAUAGAGUUGAUAGGAAUCCAGAUCAAUGCGAGAUUACGGCAGAGAAUUGGUAUGAAACAGCGAUGUUAGAUGCUGAGCCUGAUAUCACAACCAUUAUGAAUAAUCUUCAACAUCCGAUUCUUCAUUAUAAAUGGAAUGCUCAAAAUUGGAUCGAACAAUUUAACAAAGCUGAAGAGAAAAGAAGUAAACAAUCGAAAUAUGAUCGGGUUUUACAUUUAUUACGUGUAACAGUUAUGCUCAACACGAUUGCAAUUCUUCGAAAGCAGAAGUAUGUUGUCGAUGGUCAAGAAGUAACACUCAAUUUACAACGUUUGAAAACAAUUGGAUAUGACCAUCGGUCGAAAUUACUCGAUGGGAAAACGAUUAUGCAGACAGAAUUGAAGAUCCCGUAUGAAUCAACAACAGUUCAUGUUGUUAUGGAAGAUUGUCUCGUAGUUUAUGAGAAAUUAGUUUCACAGGGACAUAAACCAUUGUUAUUGAACAUGGCGAAUGCAACUAGUCCCGGUGGUGGUUAUCGGAAAGGUGAUGGUGCUCAGGAAGAAAAUCUGUUUCGUCGAUCCGAUUAUUAUCAAAGUUUGGACUUCGAAAUCGCUAAUAAAGAUCGGUCAGAACCGCUUUUUUGUAACGAAAAAGGCGCCUGUAAAAAGCCAACCGGUUAUCGUGGCUUCUAUCCCAUGGAACUGUUCGGUGCUAUUUAUACAUCUGGUAUAACUGUCUUUCGACAGAGAGAAAAAGAAGAAGGUUAUGCAUAUAUGGCUAAACCACUUACAAACGUUUGUUCUGUAGCUAUGGCAGCUUAUCGAGAUCCUACAUUGAACAAAAACAGCAUGUUAGAAGACAAAUUUGCUGUCAAUACGCAUAAAAAGAUCGAAAGUAUUUUUGCAAUCGGACAUCAACAUGGACAUAAUUGUUUAGUUUUGUCCGCUUUCGGUUGUGGCGCGUUUAAGAAUCCACCCGAACAUAUUGCUUUACUUUUCAAAUCUGUUAUAACUCAGUACGCUGGUUAUUUCCAUGAAAUUUACUUUGCUAUUAUCGAUGAUCACAAUUCCAAGGGUAAAAUCAAUCCAGAUGGAAAUUUCGCACCGUUCCACAAAUGUUUACAUAAUCAAGUUUUCCGUCCACCGGCCACAUUACGUGUCAAUGGGAUAUCCGGACCGUAUCGUAUUCUUAAUAAAUCAUCCGAUGGACAAUUAACUCUUAGUGAUGUACGUAUCUUACACAAAUCACCAUGCCAUCAUGGAUCGAGAUGUCGUGAUCUUAGAAAUGCUCAACAUUGUAACGAAUUCUCACAUCCACCUAUAUGUUCUCAUCAGAAUACCGAAUCACCAUGUCAACAAACGGAUGACGAAGUACAUCGAUUUACAUUUCAGCAUAGCAGCAAAUGUAAAUUUGGUGGCGAAUGUAAAGAUACUGAUCCGAAACACUUCAGCGAAUAUGAUCAUCCAGAUUUCUGUAAAGACAAUAACUAUUGUGUCGAUAUGAGCAAAGAGCAUCUAUUUUCUUAUCGUCAUUUGCCGAUCUGCCGUGAUGGAAUGAAAUGCGUGGAGUAUUUAAAAAGAAAUGCAGAUCAUUGUACUAAGUAUCGUCAUUGUAAAACGAUCUGCCCUCGCGAUAAUUGCUGUGUACAAUUUCAUGAUAAAGAUCAUACCGAUAAUACAAUUCAUUCGUUUCGACAGCCUUGUCCAUUUACACCAUACAGUUGUCAAAAGUAUAUUAAAUAUACAAUGCGUACUGAAGGGGAAAAACUUUCACAAGAUGUGGAAAAGCAUUGCCUCACUUACUCGCAUCUGUGUGCGUUCGGUCGGCAAUGUAAGACAAAGGACAGCAAACAUCUUCUAACAUCGAUUCAUAUUGCUCGUCACAUUUGUCCCGAUGGAGAUGCAUGCGCUAAAAGUACGAAUGAACAACAUUUGGAGUCAUAUUCUCAUCCGCGCAUACGAGAUUUUCGUCUGUUCUGUAAAUUUCCAGGUUUCAAGUGUCGCAAUCGAUUUGAACAUGAACAUUUAAGAAAAUUUCGCCAUGGCGAUAAUCACGAUCAUUUAACCGUCGCACCAUCCAGUAACUUGAACUCUUCGAUUAAUUUCACGCGCAAUCAAGGAGAUAUCAUUCGAAACCUGAAUUCAUACAUGGAUGCAUCAGGCUGGAAAAAAGCGUCAAUCUCUCGAGAGGUACGCAAUUGGAUACAAGCAUUACAACCUACACACCGUUGUAGUCCACUUAUUUUCGAGUCGAUUCUUGUGCUUGGGCAUGUUAUGAGUCGUCGGUACAUGGAGCUGCUUAAAAAGCCCAAAAAUGUCGCCAAAGCUGUACUACAACAUGGUCGUAUACGUCGGAUUUUUCUCGAACAUAGCAAUCCGGAAGUAAAACAGAAUGUGUAUGAAUUGAUUAAGCUUAUAGUUGUAGCAGAAUUCGCCAAAGCAAAAGCUGAUGAAGUACCUCCGUUGGACGCAGAUCACGAUGUUCAUAUUCACAAUAUUGAAAGAAAAUUGAAGCCGCCACUUGAUGAUACGAGUAUUAAGGUUAUACACGAACGGGCUGUUGAAAUAGCGCAAGCAUAA